AUGUUUGGUAUCUGCUCUUCGACCAAUUCCACGACUGGUGGCAACUCUUCGACUUCGGCUGUCCCAACCACGAUCACGAGCUCGAUUUCGCAGCCAACCGCAAACUCGUCGUCCACGGUCUCCUCGUCGAUGAACAUCUCGACGACCGCCUCAUCCAUGCCUGCCUCCACUUCGGCUUCUUCUUCGGCCUCGAGCACUUCGACUCCGGCAUCUGCGCCAUCCUACUCUUACGCUCCAACCUCUUCAGCCUCGGCUACCCCAUCUGCCUCCCCGUCUGGUUCUCCUGGCUCCUCCGAGCCUUCGAGCCAGUACACCCAGUUCACAGGCACCGGUGCAACAUCCGAGGGCUGGCCAGAGCAGUCGAAGUGGGUCGCAUUCGACACCCUCUUCGAGAUGAACCGCGCCAUCAUGCAAGGCUCCUGCGUCCAAUUCCACGUCGCCAACGACACCGACUCGGAGAUCAACGACAUCAAGUCCGCCAUCUCCAGCGUCUCCAAGUCAUCCGGCUCCAACGGCUGUCUUCGCGCCCCAAAGACCACGUCUGUCGAUGGCAUCGUCAACCCCGGCCUCCUCCAGACCUUCCAAGGCUCCGCUAUGUGCAACUCCGGCUCAGCAACCGCACCAGCAGAUGUCAAGACCCCAUGUCCCGCCUCCACUAUCAAAUCCAUGAUCGAGCAGGGCACGAUGGGCACCACUCCAGGCGGCAUGUCUCUGACCUACGCUCUCAAGCAAUCCGGCGCUACAGAUGUCUCCAAGUACUACAAGGCCGCCCGCAUCUACAACAGCGGCUUGAUCGCCUCUUCGGGUCUACUUCAAGAUGGCGUCGCCACGCACUGCUACGCUUCGGAUAUCGCCAACCGGCUUUUGGGAUGGAGUUUGGGUCCGAGCAAGUGCACGCUCAACAGCUUUUGA